AUGCCAUCAAAUAAUCCAUUCGAACCCAUCGCCAAGAACUUCUCAACAACACUCCUCAAAGGUCCAAAUCUCAAAGACAAGUUCGGGGAACUGGGACAUCGAGUCGAAGUCCUGACAUCCUGGUUUGUCCAAGCACAGUCCGGCAUUCGAAUAGAGAAUCAACCUACGGCCGCCAGCAAUAAACACAAUGCAUUGCAUCUUCUGGCAGAAAAUCUCACUCUUGCGCAGUUCCCAUUUCUUCGAAACCCGAGUCAGCCACUAGAUCCAACACCAGUAACUAGUUUGAAGAACACAUACGUAACCGGUUCUCGCGGAAUUGUGAUUCCGGUUGGAUUUAAAACGCUUCGGUUUGCGAUUCAUCUGAUCUUCAACAUACGCACCGUCCUAGGAACGAGAUUGCCGAUUCAAGUUGUGUAUGCGGGAGAGGAUGAUCUUCCAGAAUACUCCAGAAACAAACUCAAGGCGGUUGAGUCGGAUAUCGAAUUUAUUGAUAUCUUGACUAUUUUUGAUGACAGUAGCAUGGGGCUGCAGGAUAGUUGGGCUAUAAAACCAUUUGCUGCUUUGGCGAGCACUUUCGAACAGGUUAUUCUGUUAGAUGCUGAUUGUAUGUUCUUCCAGAAACCUGAGGUAUUGUUUGACGAUCUUGGGUAUAGAGAAACGGGAGCUCUAUUCUUCCACGACCGAAAAUUAUGGCAACACGGAUUCCAAGAACGACACAAAUGGUGGAAACUCCAAAUGAAAGGCCGAAAACCCAGCGCCACUCUCCUGAAAUCCCUAGUAUGGAAGGACGACUUUGCCGAAGAAGCCGACUCCGGCGUCGUCGUCCUAGACAAAAGUCGCUUCCCGCUCUUCAUGGGCCUCCUCCACGUCUGCUGGCAGAACACCAAAUCUGUUCGCGAGGAAGUAACAUAUAAGAUGACAUACGGUGACAAAGAAAGCUGGUGGUUCGGCCUAGAACUCUGCGGGGUCCCGUAUUCGUUUGAGGCGCAUUACGGCAGUGUCCUCGGGGGGGAGAGAAGCAAAACGGAAGUGUGUGGAUUUACGAUCUCGCAUCUGGAUCAGAAUAAUCGGUUGAUAUGGUAUAAUGGGUCGUUAUUGAAGAAUAAGGCUGUAGAUAAGAAGCAAUUUCAGAUUCCGGUUAUGUUGAUGUAUGAUGGGGAUUGGAAGAAGGGGAGGACGAAAGCGGAUAUGAGCUGUAUGGUGAAAGGGAAGUUGCGAGAGUUGAGCAACAGUGAGAUGAAGGCUAUUAAGGAUACGGUGCCGCUUGCUCAGAAAGCGGACGAGGAGUAUUCCUUGCUUUCAUUCUAG